UUUUCAAUGUGUUUGUUUUUCAUUUAAAUAUGGUGAAUUUUUGUUGUGUGACAGGGUGCAAGAAUGAGUCUUAUCCCGGUAGCCGCUUUUCUUUCCACGGAUUUCCGAAGAAUGAAAACCAGAAAUCGAAGUGGCAAAAUGUAUUACCUGGAAAAAUCUCAAAGUCGUCUGUUGUUUGCAGUGAACAUUUUAAAUGUGACGAUUUUUUUCCUGGUUAUACCAGAAAAAUGCUGAAACCUGAUGCUGUUCCGUCAAUAUUUCCUAAGGAGAACAAGAGUGCGCCGCCAACAUUCUAUGAGUACCAGCUACGCAAGAUACGCGAGGCGGCUGAUUAUGCUGCUAUCAAACCCAUUGUCAUCGACAAUAUUGAGGGACUUCCAGUUACAGAUCCAAUGGGUAAAAUAACAUAUUCAGUAGCCUGUACCCACGGAUACAAGUAUACGCUUAUACGUCCAUCUGAUAGGGAAGGCCGCCUUAAGAAACGCCCGGGUGGUUCCAUGGAACAGGUUGACGUUGAGCCUCGAACUGAAGAUACCCUGGACACAAUGAUGAUUCAAGAACCGCUGGUGGACGAGAGACUGAUUCUGAAAGAUCCAAACCCAGAAAUCACAGCUAGAGAAAUAUUUCUCGACGAUGAAGAAGAAAAGCCAGUAAAAAUAAGAAAGAUCGAUCCCCAGGAAUCUUCAGAACGACUUAAUAUCGCCGUAACUCCUAAUGUUAUCCCAGGAAAUAUUACAAAUACACCACUCCUAGCUCCGUCCAAGCCAACAAUCCCUGUGAUAUCCAGAAUCAAUCCUUUAACUCUACAAAAACUUACCGUAUCAUCUCAAAUAUGUUCCACCAAUUCCGCAAAUAUAUCUCAAAAUACGAGUGGUAUCUGCCAAAAUGAUGAUAAUAUCGAUAAUGACAUUCCUAUAAUGAAACAUAAAAUUAUUAAACUCAGGAGAAUACCGCCCGCUGCGGAAAAAAUCAUUAAUCCUGAAAACGCCAUUCCUAUAUUCAAAACUGAUCUCGUUAACAUUCAUACAUUCACCACAGCUGCUUCACAAAACUCGUCAACAACGAUCACCACAUCAUCAAUCACGUCCAAUAACCACCAGAACAACCAAAAUAUCAUUCCUACAACCCAGAUCAAUGCUAAUCCCCAAAAUAUCAGUUCUUCAACCCGUGUUUAUACUCCAAAAAAACCUAAAACAGUAACACAAAACCUCAUUAAUCCACAAAAUAUCAUUCCUAUAAUAAACAAUAAUAUCGUUAUAAAUACGACAUCACCACAAUUCUUAUCUAGAUCCCAAAACAUACCCAUGACAACGCCUGCAUCCCAAAAUGUCCCGAUACCAUCCUCAAUCGCCUCCAGCUCAAUUCAAAGUACUUUGAAUCCCCAGAACACCAUCUCUUUUCUCCCAAAGAUGGCCACUUCUGUCCAAACAACUCUUACUACAUCCCCAAAAAUUACAUCUGUAUCCCAAAACGUUCCUAAAUCAUCACCAAUCAUUUCAAACUCACAUCAAAAUAUUGUUAAUGCCCAAAAUAUUAUUCCUAAAUUCCCACAUAUGACCUCUACAGCCCAAAAGAUUCCCAUUACGUCCCCACCAGUAACGCCUGCCUCCCAAAAUAUCCACAUCCCCUCCCCAAUCAUCUCUCGCUCUCGUCAAAAUAUUCUGGACUUCCAAUCUACAUUUACUACAUUCUCACAAAAGACUUCUAGAGCCCAAACAAUCCAAACGACACCUGCCCUCAAAAAUAUGCCAAAACCGGCCUUAUUUUGCUCAUCUGCCCAAAAUAACAUUUCAAAAUUUCCAAAAAUGAUUAUUCACACCCCAAAUAUUCCGGAAAAUGUUCCUAUCAAACGUGAAAUUAUUCCAGCAACAUCCCAAUAUCAGUCUAUUAGUCCAGAGCCUAUCACAAUCACAUCCCAGCCCCCAAUUUCAUCACCAGUUGUUGUAGAGAUGAUGAAAGAACAAUCUCCAACGAUCGACCCGUUGGAAAUAUUAUUACAUACAGCUGUAGAAGUUCAUACAGGACUCGGAGUGUUGAUGGGGGAUAAAAAUGGGGAUUGUAGCGUCUAUCCCAUAACAGUGAAGCAAGGAGUGAUAAAAGUGCCCUCAUUGCAAGCUUACAUUAAAGACGGCUUCCUUGUCAGCUAUUCCGGUACACCUAUCUUACCUCUAGGAAAGAAGCAGACAAUUUUAAAGCAUAUAUCAGAAAAUAUAGCAGGGAAUGCAAUUAGCCCGUGCCCUUUGGAUGUCGCUCGACAACUGACAAAUAUGCCGCUGCAACAUGAGAAUGUGAAUAGUAUGGCAACACCAAAGAUUGAAUUGCCAGAUGAGAAAAAAACUGAUUGGGAGGAUAAGAUACCUAUGGGACUUAUAGCUUAUAUGGACCCCAAGGACCAUAACCGGACGUUGGACCCACAAAAGUCAAAAAUACAAGUUCAACUGUCGAAGAUAUCGCCGAAAGUAUGCAUGGCAUCAUCACUUGAAUAG